AUGUCUGAAUACUUCUGUAACGCAAAUAAUGAUUCACAUGAAAAUUAUCCGUCUCAUGUUGCGGAGGACUACUUUUCAAAAUGCAGGCGUUUGCGAUCACGUAGACAAAAGAAACAAACUCUCCACUUUUAUGAAUUAAGGCGUAAAGCAGCAAAUGAACGCGAACGAAAACGAAUGAAUAGCAUAAAUGAAGCUUUUGAUAGACUACGACAUCUGCUACCACUGCUUCCACGUGACCGUAAAUUAAGUAAAGUUUCGACGUUGCGUGAAGCAAUACGUUAUAUAAAACAAUUAAAUCUGUUGAUUAAUGAUGGAAAUGCUGCAAGUACAGGGGAAUUACCACUACACUCAUUAAUCGCAGUGAAUUCAGAAGUGGAAAGGCCACCAUUGCUUGUACCGAACUCCGAUGCCAAUUUACCGGUGAAAUAUAUUGAGCUUUCCUGUCACAACCAAAGGAUAGACGAAUUCAACAGCACAAUGAAAACCGAAAGUGGUGCCAUGCAAGGUAAAUGCAGUAAAGUUUGGGUGCCAAGCAUACCUGAAACCAACAGAAGCGCCAGAGAUUUUGAUCCCUCUUAUCAGUCAAUCAAUCAGUUAUUCAGCUAA